AUGUCCGCCCUCCGCCCGAUUCCCCGUAUGGUUCAACACGCGCGAGUCACCGUCGUUCACGCUCGUUCGUCCGUCGUCGCGAUGUCUUCCAAGACUUCCGUUGCCCCCGCGAUCAUCAUCGGCGGCGGCCGCGUGGGCCAAGCACUCAGAGAAAUGGGUCCCGAGGGCGACGUCGUCGUCCGCCGAGGGGAGGCAUUUCCGAGCGAACCGUCAAGCGGGCCCAUCUUCGUGGCGACGCGAAACGAUGUCCUAGAGGACGUCAUCGCGAACACCCCGGCGAACCGAAGAGAAGAUUUAGUCUUCAUGCAGAACGGAAUGCUGCAGACGUUCCUCGACGCCCAGGGGUUAGGGGCGAACACGCAGGCGCUAAUUUAUUUCGCCGUCGCGAAGGCAGGCGACGCGCCGACCGACGGCGUCACCGAGCUCAACCCUGAGGGCUUGACGGCGGUUACCGGUAAGUGGGCCGAUGCUGUUGCCGCUCGUUUCCACGCCGGAAACUUGAGCUGCCACGUGUUGGACGCCUCCACAUACCAGGGUAGCAUGUACGAGAAGCUCAUCUGGAUUUGUGCCAUGAUGCUUGUCGGGGCCCAACACGAGGGCGCCAAGGUUGGUGAUGUCGCGACGACUCAUAAGGAUGAGGUCGUCGCCCUCAUCGAAGAGCUCUUGAGCGGUACCACCACGUGUACGGGCGCCCAGUUCGCCCCGGGCGCCGUCGAUCGUCUCAUUGCGUAUGCCAAAACCGUUGCCCACUUCCCUUGCGGCGUAAAGGAGUUCCCGUGGAGAAACGGAUACUUCCACGGUCUCUCCGCCGAAGCGAUCGCAGAGGGCAAGCCCGAUCCGUUCCCUAUUCACACAAAACUUCUUCAAAACAUCGGUGCCAUCUGA